AUGUCAGAUUUGACAAAGGAAAAAAUUCUAAAGGCGGACGAACGCCAAUGGACAUCAAGUUCCCGAAUAGAAGCUGAAGGAUUGGAAUGGUUAUAUACGGAUCCGAAUGCGGUAAACAAAAAGGAAAAGGAUCUAGAAGCAUAUCUACUGGGUCGAAGCAUCCCUGGCGCCAAGGGUGAAUUGCAAAAAACAUCGGAAUUGGUAACUUCUGCUCCUGGAUCUCUUUUAAAUGAUACAUCUUCAAACAAAACGUAUGAUGAAACGAUCAAUAAAUUCAGAGAAGAUCCUCUCUUUAUCAUAAAGAAGAUUGAAAUGCGUCAGAAACAGGUCAUGGACAAAUACGCUUCACUAGCAAACAAUUAUAAUAAGAAGCGCCAAGAUGAUAAAGAUGUAAAAUACAAAGAAACAAGUAGAGAAUCUGACUCUCCGUAUGACGAAAGGCAUAGAGAUAAAUAUUCAAGAAAUGAUAGACAUGAUUCUAGAGAUAAACAUUUAGGCCGUGAAAGAAAGCACAGGUAUCAUCAUAGAGAUAAAUAUGAGGAUAGUGACUCAUACGAGCAAAGAAGCAGAUAUGUAUCGUCACGCAAUCGCAGAUCUGUAGACAGGCACAGAUCAAUAAGUAAAGGAAGGUAUCACAAACGAAGGAAUCGAUCUCAUAGUUCAUCUAUAUCCCGUGAUAAUAUGCCGAAUAACCGUAUUUGUAAAGAAAAAAGCUACGAAACGAAAAAAUAUCGAUCUAGAAGUAGAUCUAUGGAUAAGAAUACAGACGUACAAAAAAGUCAAAGAGGACCUAACAGACCAAAAAGAGAAGAUCCGCUAAAAUACGCUUUUGGUGUAACAGACGAUAUCCUUCCACCAAAAGAGAUAAUUGAAACUGGUAUAGAGAGAGAGAACGAGAUGAAAAGGAGACAAGAAAUUAAAUCAAAGCUAGCUAAGCAAGAAAGAGAUGAAGCAGCUAAAUUAGAAGAAAUGAAAGCAGAAGGAACUGAACGCAUUAAAGAGAAACUACAAAAUAUCGCAAAAAUGGAAUUGAUUGAACGUGCCAUAGAAAAACGUGAAAGUGAAUUGAAAUCUAGUUAUAUUGCCAAGGUCCAGAAGCAGGCUUAUGAUUCAUUUGACAUGGCUGAAAGAAUAAGAAGAAAAGCAUCUAAGCAGAUUGACCCCUUUAACGAUGCGAUUUGA